CCCUAAUAGGCAUGGUCUUUGGAUUCACUGUUGCAAAGGAAGUAACAGAUGCCAAAGACUGCCUUGCCAAGUACAAGGCAGACAUAGUUCCUUUGCCACAAUGUUUAUGGGUGUAAUCAACAUGUUCUAUGUUUGAUGUAGUUGUCUAGUUGAAGCAUUCAGACUGUGCACAGAUAUGUGGGGGGUUCUAACUGGAAUAUUACUCAAUAUUACUGGAAUAUUACUCAAUAAAAGGGAAAGAGCAAUGCCACAGGAAAUUGUGACUGACAGCAAUAAGCCUUGUCUCCAGUACUACCAUUUCCAAAUUAUGUAAUCAAUUUUCAGAGACGGAGACAUUAAAAUAACUUUUGUUCAAGUUAGACCAGUUAUGCUUAAUGUUAAUUUUGAGUUUAAUUCCAGGAUUUCUCUUCCAAUGUGUUUUGCUCACCUUACUUUUUCAUGCAAACACAACUAACACAAACACAUGACUAUUUGAUGAGUUUGUGCAAAGAUGUUAAGACUGAUGGGAAAACUCUCGUACCGACCAUUUAUGAAAAAUAUUGUUGCAAGAUGAAAACAAUUACUUUGCUAACGCAGCGUGAGCAUAACUUUGUAAGUUGCGGGUGGAUUUUUAUACACUGGGAUGUUUUUAGAGAAAGAAGUCUGGAAAGGAGAAAAUAUCUAUUAAGCAGCACUAGUGAGGACAAAGAUCUUGAAGCCACAUAAAACCAUAAUGCGUGCCACUCAGCUAAGAACAGGAAUCUGAGCAACCAAAUCACAUACGGACCCCAAGAUGGAAAACAGCAGAUUGUGAAAACAUUGCCAGAUCCAAUGAGUUUUAACAGCCAAAGACUUUUGGGCUUUUAUGGGAUCGUAUAUAUGUACAAACAUGCAGCAACUAUGCUAUUGAGUUUAAUGUAGACUAAAGGAAUUUUUAAAAUACCUUUUAAAAUGGAAUUUGUUAAUUUCAAGAUAAAAGGGGAUCUUAUAAAUAAAACAUUACAGAUAUUUAGCCAAUGACAAUCCGACAUUGCCUUUGAAUUGUGGUUUAACUGAAUCAUGAACAAACAAAUAAAAAACUAAUGAAACAGGCAGGUCUGGACGAAAAUUAUACUGGUCCCUUAAUAUUUUGUUGUGCAAUCUUUUGAAGGAAUCACUGCAAAUGAUUUCUGUAAACAUUAAUGAGACUCCUGCACAUGCCAAUGGAUGUUUUGACCAACUUUUCAUGAGUAAGCUGCUCCAGUUGUGUCAGGUUUGAACGGUGCCUUCUCCAGAUGUCAUGUUUCAGCUCCUACCACAUGCUCAAUAUGUUUUAGAUCAGUGUCGCUAGAAUCCAGUUCAAAAAAGUUCAAUGCUUUUGCUCUUAGCUGUUCUUUUUUAAUCACUAUCGUGAUAAAAGACCCAUAAUCACUAGCCAACACCUCUCCAGAACGCCUUGAUAGUCUUGAGUUGUCAUCAUGCACAUAUUCAAGAAACCCUGUGCCAGCCAAAGCUGACUCAGAACAAAACCAAGCGUCUAUUUCACAGCAGGGUUCCAUUCUUGGUAUGCUUCACUUUUGCUUCUGUGAACAUAGAGAUGAUGUGCUUUGCCAAAAAAGCUCUAGUUUUGUUUCAUUGGUCCAGAGGACAGUUUAUAUUUAUAUUUAUGUAACUAAAAACAGCAGCUAAUGGAUAGCAAUAACGUGUUUGUUGUUGCAUAAUUUAAUGUACCAAGCAAUUUGAUGCCAACUAAUGUUAACCCACUUUGAACAUACACAUUUUUAUGAUUUUCGGUAGGUAAAUAUUGUAGGCUUCCUUAUUAAUUUUCAAAAUAAGUGUUACGACCCGUCUAGGGGUGGCCAGACCAUAACAUGAAGGAUCCAUUCUCUUCAGAUCUCAAGCAGCUGACACACACAGUUGAACAUUUUAGGUUAUUUUAAAACGAUGUAUUUUUGAUUAACAUGUUACAAGUGGAGCAUAUGGCUUCAGAAUGAGCUAUAAUGCCGAAAACAACAAACAAAAGGAAACUAUCUGAAUAUUAACCAAAACUUACCUAAUUGAAAAUAAAUAAACCAAAUGACAAAAACUUACCUCCCUAAUUAAGAAAAACAUGAGAAAACUAAGCAAACAUAAACGGCAGCUCACUCCUACAAACUCCAGAACUUUUACAAGAUGUUAACUGACAAACAAUGUGGCCGGUUGAGAUGAGCUGACGAUGGAUGGCAGGAAGUCCGCGUCAGCAGCUUUUAUAUCCGUCACCUCCGGGAUUCCGCCAAUUGGACGUCUCCGUCGUCUUCUAGGAACCAAUAAGAGACACUCAUAUUUGCAUAAUUAAGUUGACGACGCCAGUCAUAACACAAGUUACAACAAGUUGUUAAAAUUGACUUUGUUGAACUGAAUGUUGUAGGAAAAAGAUAGUGAUUCUAAAUGUUCCUGGAUUAAAUUAACCUCAGAGAUAAUAAUUUAAAUUCAAAUUUUAACUAUAAAAUUGUUUAGGCAGAUAGGAGGAAAAAUGUGAGAAAGUUAAUUUCAGUGGUUUACCACUUGACCUUGUCCCUUAAAUAUUUAACUUAGGCUUGUCCCUCACAGACUUUAAACUUCAGUUAGACAAAGUGACUUGUAAAGACCUCUGACACAUUACUCUUCUUUAAAACAGCUGCUGAGUCAGAAAAGAUCUGUGUUUCACUUGGUUUUAAUAUCCUCACCCAAAACAUUGAUCAAGUGACACCAAAUGGCUUAAGUCAGAGAUCCCAUUUCUACCCUAUCUCCAAAUUUAAGUCAACUUGAGAACUAAACACACAAAAUCCUGCUUUAUUGCUUUUUCAGUCAGCAUAAACAUUUGGAUAAGACCCCUGUACCUUGAUUCUGGUUUCUAUUAUUGUAUGCUUUUUGUUUAACAACCAGUGGGAAUCAACAUAAUGAGACAUUGUCACUGUCUAACACAAAAAUCUAUGCCAUAAUUUUCUAUCAACUCACCCCCCCCCCCGCCACCCCCCCCAAAAAACCCAGAAAAAUUACUUUCUUUAAUCCUGUUUUUCUGAAAAAAAUAUAGUCAAUGCUUUUAAGCCUAAAGCAUUGUUACCAAGCAUAAAAACUUCUCUUUUAAGUCUCCUUCAUAACUGUAUCUUGGACCAUAUAGAACAUGUUUUACAGCUCCUUACUGUUAGUCCAACUAGCCUAGACCUGUAGGGUGCUUUCCUAACUGUGACACACUUGAAUUAUAAUAUUAUUAUUUAUUCUCUACUUAAAUGCUUAAAAUUUCCAGGAAGUCAUAUAGGAAAAACCUGCCUUCAAAAUAAAACCUCAGAUUUAAAUUUACAUCUCAACUAAAAGCUAUACACAAGAUAAUGACAGACAUCUUAAAAGUGUAUAUUUUGGAAUAUGUAGUUUGACAUGUUCUUGUUUAUUUGUAAAUAAAUUUUCAUUAGUGUAGAAUGAUGGGCCCUGAAGUGUUUGAAAUUUGAUUCAUAACAUUUCCCAAAUUAAUGAGAAAAACAAUUGCUUUUCUUCGAGCAUUUCCUGCCCACAGGCUAGCAUGUGCCAAAGCAUACAAUUGGCAAGUGUUGUUGGACAAAUAAUGACACAAAGUGGCAUGACAUAGUAUUCUGAUUGCUUAAUUUUAAUGGAGGGAAUUUUUCUGUUUUCGUUGUAAUUUAGAGCUCAUUAAGCAUUACCAGGGUUUUCGACCUCCCCCCUGAAGUCCCGAAAGAGGGUCAAAAGAAUAUACUGAAUAGAACUAACUAGACAGUUAGUUGGAAGUUAAGCUUUCCCCCUUCCUUUGGUGCGCCAGUAAUGGCCUUAUUUACAGAACAAAAGCGCCUGUUCACACCUGCUUAUAGGAUGCUAGCUAAAAUCCUUCAGGUCAGUCGACCCGUCUCUGGGCUCCAAAGGUAGAAAUGUUAAAUGAUCCUUCUCUGGUAAUGCUAGUUAAGAUCCAUUACCUUUUUAACAAAGCUGAUUCUUAAAUCAGCAUGCCGUCUUUGCUUCCUCAGUGUGGCCUGGAAAGGAAAUACACAAAGAAUUCACAUAAUCACUUGAACUCUGCAUCCAAUUUUCCUACCCCAGAGGAGGAUAUAAGUAGGGGGGAUUUUUCUGAAUUACAGUUUACAGGACUGUAAUGGUUCUCUGAUGUAUCCAGGCGCCAGCAAAAGCAUAUGCUGAGCUUCUCUAUGACUUGAAUAGUCAUAGAGAAGUUGUUGAAAACAGACCUUGAAGCAUUCCGAAGAAAUAGGUAAUGGAGAUGUUCUUGGACAAACAGCAAAAUGUAGCAUACUUUGUUGACACAUACCAAUUGUAGUAUACAAAAGCAUGCAGAAACAAAGUGAUUGUAUUUUAAAUGAUAACUGUGAUUAUCACAUCUUUUGUGGUUGAUUAAACAUUCAAUAUCUGAGGCUCAACCUCUUCAAAACCUCUAUGACACAAGAGUAAAUAGCAAGACACACUUUGAGUGGUUCGGCUAAUGAUAAGGUUUGAAACUGUGAUGGAAAACAAGGAUGUUAAAAAGCAGAUGUUGCAACUAGCUCACAGAUGGCACUAAUAUUUACGUUGCUGCAGGAUAUACGUUGUUAUAUAGGUUACAUGAAAGUGGAAAAAAGGUAUGUGUGCUAAUGAAACAUAAUGGUUGGGGCCACAGCUGCAGAGGGGGUUGCUGCUGGUAUUUAUUUUAGGCAGGCAACAUAUUCCACUCAUUCAGACUGGGAUGCCAGAGAGGUGGAUAACAAGGAGGCAGCAAGAAACUGUGAUCAUGCGGACAUUGGUGUUCAUCUUCUUGAUGGAAAUGGUGGAUGUGAACAUCAGCCAGCAGUACAGCCCCUUCCAGUGGCUGUCUCAAUUGCGAGGCCGGAGGCAGAAUGCAGGCUGGCAGUCAGAGGCUGUAGAUUGCCCCCUGGAGUGUGAUUGUCCAACAGCCUACCCUACAGCUAUGUACUGUCACAGCCGCAAUCUGCAGCACAUUCCCUAUGUUCCAUCACACAUAAAGUAUGUCUACCUGCAGCGUAACCAAAUCACAGGCAUUCAGGAUGGAGUGUUCGACAACGCCACCAAUCUGGUGUGGGUGAUUUUGUCGCAUAACCAGCUCAGCUCGGAGAAAAUCAGCGACAGUGUCUUUGUCAAGCUGGGAAGCCUGGAUCGACUCUACCUGGAUAACAAUGAACUGACCCAUGUGCCUCAUAAUUUACCAAGAUCCCUCACCGACCUGCGGCUUUCCUACAACAAAAUCACAAACAUCUCCAAAUUAUUUGAGUCCAUGCCCAACCUCACCAUCCUUCAACUUCAGGGAAAUGUCAUAGAAGAGGUAGAAGGUGGGUUAACGGGACUAGAAUCUCUUAUGAUACUGGACAUGAGCAAAAACAAGCUAAGGAAAAUUCCUGACAGCUUUCCCAAAGAACUACAACAGCUCUACCUGGAGCAUAACAACAUAAAGAGCGUCCCAGCUGGUUUUCUUACCAUGUAUCCUAAUCUGCAAUUUAUCCGCUUGAGUCACAACAGUUUGACUGAUGAAGGACUUCCCUCCAAUGUCUUCAAUACCAGCACACUCGUUGAGCUUGACCUGUCCUUCAACAAACUGGAGAAGAUCCCUCUUGUUAGCAGGAACCUGGAAAACCUGUAUCUGCACGCAAAUAAGAUCAAAGAGUUUUCCCUGAGCAGUUUCUGUGACACGAUUGAUGGAACAAACUUCUCUAAGCUGAAAGUGCUGCGUUUGGAUGCCAACAAAAUCAGCAUCAGAGACAUUCCUGUUGAAGCUGCCUACUGUUUACGACUAGUUUCUUCUAUUAAUGUUUAGAACUAAUGUUUAGAACUGUUUUUUCAUGAGUUGAGUUCAUCUCUAACUCAUACUCUCUUAUUGUUGCAAUGUCUGCUUCAUUGGUCAAUAAAUGUUUUAUUAAACAGUUAUGUUGUUAUCAUUCCAGUGAUAUCAUAAUUCCAGUGUUAGUCAACAGGAAAUAGUAGGUGUUGUAUAAUCUAAUAUCCAGAUGGCAGUCAGACAGUCAUGAGAGAGCUGAUGGACUUUCUUUAGAAACAUCACAAUCUAAAUUACUGGAUUAUGCCAAACCAACACUGUUACACAUAAUUACACAAUAGCUGAUGAAGAAAAUAUUAAAUAUAGCAUCAAACUGUCAAUCAUUUGUAGAAGAUUUAGUUUUUAUCUUUGCUUCCACCACAUGGGAUGCCAUAAAACUUCACAUCAAGCAAUGCUUUGUUUUUCUUCUUACAGACUUUUUUUUUUGUCACUUAAUCACUUUGCUGGUUGUACAGUUCAUAAAACCUUUUAUUCCAAAAUGUAUGCACUGGGUCGCUAUAUUAUUCUGAACUGACUUUAGUUAAUAUGUGUCUAAAUAUUUACUUUGAAGCCCAUGUGACCUGGUUUUAACAUCGUUUUAUAAAGUUAAAACUAAGGAAUGGUGUAUAGGCAUGAGAAGUUGAAAGCAAAUGUUACACGUGAUAAUAAAUUCUUUUGAUUUUUUUUCUUUUUUGAUUUUAUGUCUUUUUAAAUUUGCGAUUAAAUCACAAAUAUUCCAAGCAGA